CUUUUAACUUGUAAAAUUGAACUUCCGGCGUUGCUAGGCUCCCCCCGGAAUUAGCCUUUUGUUUAUACAUGUCUUUGGCUUUAGGAAUAUCGUUGAAACAAUAGUGAGGAGAAACUGAAGCAGCAGUGUUGGACUUUUACUUCAAAAUGCCCUUGUUUGGCAACACUUUUAGUCCCAAGAAAACCCCUCCUCGGAAGUCUGCUUCCCUUUCCAAUCUACAUACAUUGGAUCGGUCAACACGGGAGAUUGAAUUAGGUCUGGAAUAUGGAUACCCGAUGAUGAAUCUUGGCAGCCAGAGCUUUAAAUUUGAAGAUGGCCAGUGGAUCUCAGAGUCAGGAGGUAAUGUAUCUGGAAGAGAGGUACAGCGACUGAAGAAGAGGAAUCUACAGUUAGAGGAGGAGAAUAAUCUGCUUAGGCUAAAGAUUGAGGUUCUUCUUGAUAUGCUUUCAGAAUCAACAGCAGAAACACAUCUAAUACAGAAGGAACUUGAAAAUAUGAGUAGAAGAAAGAAAUGAUGGAAGGAAAUAAAGGCGAUUCACUCUU